GAUACGCUCAAAUUGGAUUUGAGCCCCUCAAACUCCUGCAGGGCGGGGCUAAGGAGCAGAGGGCGGAGGGGUGCGGUCAGAUCCAUGUGCAGCCCGGGAGCCAGACCAAGUCCAGAGACCGCACUAAACCAGGACCGGACCGCGCGGACCCGACCCAGGACUCAUCGGACCCGCACGAGGACCAGAGCCAGGAGGACGACAUGAGGGGGUGCUGUUCUGUGUGUGACACCCUGAAGGAGAGAUGUCCCCGACCCAGAGGACUGCUCAACCUCGUCAUAACAAAAGCGUGCCUGUUGGCCCUGCUCUUCGGUGUGGUCUGGUCCAUCACAGGGUCACAGUGCUUGCCUGGGGGGAACCUCUUCGGCCUGACCAUCCUCUUCAUCUGCGCCGUCCUCGGAGGGAAGCUCAUGGGCCUGGUCCAGUUCCCCACCCUGCCCCCCUUCCCCCCACUGCUCGGGAUGCUUUUGGCUGGUCUGGUUUUGAGGAAUGUUCCGUACAUUUGUGACGCGGUCUACAUCGAUCCGCACUGGUCUUCUGCUCUCAGGAACAUCGCUCUGGCCAUAAUCCUGACCAGAGCCGGACUCGGACUCAACCCACAGGCUCUGGUGCGUCUGAAGGCGGUGUGUAUCCGGUUGGCGAUGGGCCCGUGUCUGGUUGAAGCUUGUGUCGUGGCCGUGGUCUCUCACUUCCUGUUGAAGCUGCCCUGGACCUGGGGCUUCAUCCUGGGGUUUGUGUUGGCUGCUGUGUCUCCGGCCGUGGUGGUGCCGUCCAUGUUACUGCUGCAGAAGGAGGGAUACGGUGUUGACAAGGGUAUCCCCACGCUCCUGAUGGCGGCCGGCAGCUUUGACGACAUUCUGGCCAUCACCGGAUUCUCCACCUGCCUCGGAAUCGCCUUCUCCACAGGCUCCACGUGGAUGAAUGUACUGAAGGGUCUCCUGGAGGUGGUUGGAGGGGUCAUAGCCGGUCUCCUGGUCGGACUGUUCCUCUGUCUGUUCCCCAGCUCGGAGCAGGAGGACCUGAUCUGGACCCGGACUCUGCUGCUCCUCGGACUCUCGGUCUUCUCAGUGUUUCUCUCUCACGUGGUGGGUUUUGCCGGAGCCGGGGGUCUGUGUGUUCUGGUUCUGUCCUUCGUGGCCGCUUUGGGCUGGAGGGUCAAUAAAGCUCCUGUAGCGGUGGUGGUGGGCCGGUCCUGGGAUCUUUUUCAGCCGCUCCUGUUCGGUCUGAUCGGAGCUGAGAUCACGAUCAGCACUCUGAGCCCCAGCACUGUCGGUCUGGGGGUGGCCUGUCUCUUUAUCGGCCUGUUUGUUCGCGUCCUCGUCACCUUUGGCCUCGUUCACUUCGGAGGAUUCAACCUCAAGGAAAAGUUCUUCAUCGCAGUGGCCUGGCUCCCCAAAGCCACCGUCCAGGCUGCGAUCGGUUCGAAGGCGUUGGACAUGGCGCGGGAGGUGGGUGACCCGGUUCUGGUGAAAUAUGGUCUGGAUGUGCUAACAUUAGCUGUGUUAGCGAUCCUCAUCACGGCUCCCAUCGGUGCGCUAGGGAUCGGGCUGUCGGGGCCUCGCCUCCUCCAGCAGCAGAGCAAAGUUUCAGAAAACGCAGAGAUUGGACCUUCAUCUCCAGACUCCAACUACGUCUCAGAGAAAGAAUGUGGGACCAUCGAAAGCAAGUUAUGAACCAAACAUUAGCCAUUUCACUUUGAUAUAAAGGUGCACUACGUAACUUUUCUGGUGGCGUGUACAUCACCUGCUUAUCUCCAUGGAGAUGUUAUUACUUUGCUUGGAAUUUUCCACAGUAUGCCAUUAAACUUAGCUAUCUAGCAGUUAUUUCACUACUGGUGUUUUUCGUGUUAUAACCAUAGACUGUAGAAAGAAGUGGACUUAAGGGACCGUGACAUCAACCAUAUCGUUUGAAUCCAGUCAAAUUAAGCUCAUUGAGGCUUGCAGCUAUUUGGGCGAAUUUGGAGCCGCGUUUCAGAUUUGGAUUUCUGACCAGAAGGUAUCAUAGCAACCAAAGAGCCAAUCAGGAGUGAGGCUUUUGAACUGCGCCCAUGCUCACUUCCCAUUUUGAACGCGGCGGCUAGGGGGUUAAAUAUGUCCAUAUACAGUCUAUGGUUAUCUUACCUUUACAAACCUUCAUUCUUACUGUGACUGGGGCCUCCUCUUCCUAGAUCUGACCUGUAACUUGGCUGUGUGGUGCCACCUGUUUGUCUUCAUGGAGAAAGCUUUAAUGCCAUAUUGUGUCAUUUCCAGCC